AGUGUUUUGACAUCACUAACGUGCUGUAUAUUUGUGAUUUUUACAAAUUCUAAUUACAAAAAACAACUCCUCCCAAUAAUUUUGUGAACUCAUUUGUUUUGAUUUUUUUGUUUUGUCUAUAUUAAUCAAAUCCGUCCAAUGCGCAGACAAGCGAAUCUCGGCUAAAUUUAUAAACGGCUCCGCCAUAAAAACGAAAAGAAAACAACACAUACAUUUUUUUGACACGAAAACUUCGGAUGAAAGCAAACGAAUUGUUGUUGUUGUACAUGCAUAAAUAUACGUUUGCAUAUUUAUUUGUUUCUGCAUAGACGACAACAUUAACAAGCAUAAGAAUACACUAUCAAUAUCUAGCACAGGCCAGCUACAUUAUUUAAGAUGGCUUCGAACUCGUCGAAGAAAAAGUCGUCUGGUCUGCGAAUGUUGUGGAUACCGGGAAGAAAAAGCCAUCAUCCAAAGGGUCGAUACAGUUCGACCAAUAAACAUGUCUCGUAUUCGCCCAGCCAAAAGAAAAGCGAAGUAUGGACACUGGGCGGCAGCAGGGCUCAAACUGAGCUGAUUGACUUGCCAUCGCCAACGGAAAGUAAUAACGGUGCUUCGACCUCAUCAUUGGCCACAUUGGGCGCCACCGCCAAAAUGUCAUCGACGCUGGUGAAGAAUGUGAAGUGCAACAACGAGCAUCAGCAACAGCAUCUGGAAAUGAUUGUAACUUCCACCGAUUCGCUGGCAAUCACAGAAUGCGCCACACUGCCAACAACUCCAGUUGCCGCCAUCUCGCCAAAUUUAAACAGUCCACUUUCGGAGCUGGCUCCAUCGACAGCCUCAACACAGCCAAUGACAUCGCCAAUUAUUGUCACCACAGUUGAAAUUCCAGAUUUGCAUCACAAUGUCAUUCCUGAUGACUUUCCAAAGGUGCCAUCGAUUGGCGAUCCAACAGACUUAUCGACAUCGGCGGUUGUAUUGAACAGCUCGGCGGGCACGACAGCAUCGAUAACAACAAACUCAUCAUCGCCGUUGACCAAUCGAAAGGCGAACAGUAACAGUCAGGUACAAAUCAACAACAACAACAACAGCAGCAGCAACUCACAGAAUGCGUCGCCACACAAAGGCAGCAGAUACAGGAACCACAAUAACAAUCAGGAUGACAUCAAUUCAAUUGAAAGCAUUACCAGUUUUAGUAAGUCACAGGUGAACACAGAUUUCGAAUGGAUCGAUGAUAUGGUGCAGCAGCGCACGUGUAGCGAACUGAUGCACAAGAACAAGCGCAAGAAAUCGAAGAAGCAUCUGGAGAGUAAGGUGUCCGAUCAAUUGGAUGGAGGCCCCAGCAAGAUUAAAGAGAAAUAUGAUAGCAAUGCUGAUGAUGAUGAGAAGGUGGUUAAAUGUCUCUAUUAUUCACUCAUGUGCUGCGACUGUACAAUAUCAUAGAACGUGGAAAUAUAUAUACACGCAUAUGUACCACAUCUAUAAGGGCUAGCUAGAUAGUGUAUAUAUGUAAUAUAUACAUAUAUAUAUAUACAUAUAUGAGUAUAUGUAGUAAGAUUAUAAGGGCGCAUAUGUGUGAUGAUGAUGAAGGUAAAUGAAAAUCAUGAUGGCAUUGCAAAUAUGUAUUGCAUUUACAACAAAAAAGAAACGAAAAAAGAAAAACAAAAAUACUACUGCUCAAUUACUUUGUAUGUAUGUAAUGUAUAAAUAUUUGAACAUUUUUAUACGGAUCAGAAUAUAAUUUGCCAUUAAGUUUGUCUCCCCCACCAUCCCCUUAAUGCCUCCAACAAACCACCCAAAAAACAAACCAGAAAUAUUACUCUUCUUAAAAGUAUUCAAAACGAAAUCGAAACUCGAAUUAUCGAAUUUUUAUGUUGUUAUAUUAAUUUAGCGAAUUUAUGCAACGCACACUCAACACAAAAGAAAAAAAAGACAGAAAACGAAAAUAAUGAAAUGUCGAAUAAUUUACUCAUAUUAAUUUAGGUUAAUAAAACGAAACAAAAACGAAAACGUAAAGCAAAUAAAGACAGAUAUAGCUACUUGAUAUUUGAUAAACAUUUACCAUAUAUUUUAUAUACAUAUAUCUCUACACACACGUUGUAAAUAAAGUGAAAGCAUUUUUCUACUUGAAUAAUUUUUUGUCAUUUAAUGGCGUUUGCCGCAAAACGCUUGCUAAUCAUAUUCAUAUCAUAUUCACAUCACAUUACAUACAUACAUUUAAGUCACUUAAUAUCAUAACAUAUAUCACAUCGCAUACAUACAUAUGUUCCCGCCCCGCAAGUUCCUUGAUGUAAUUGGCCAAGUACAAAAAGAAAUGAAAACACACUCAACUUGUUCAACUUGACAUAACAUUUUUCAUAAAAAUUUAAUACAAACAUUAAAUUUACAAAUAUAUAUAUAUAUAAAAACAAUUCACAAUCACAUAUAAAUUUUUAUCAUUUCGGAUGUUAAAUAUUUCGAUUCGCUAUAUAUAUCCUCAAGUAAGGUUAAAAUUUACUAGUCCAGAGCAAGAAAUUCAGGAUCAAAGUUGUUGUUCUUGGUGUUGGAGUUGCUAUAGUUGUAGUUUUUGUAGUUGGUGUUGGUGUUGGUUUAUUCACAUUGGAAUUAUUAAAGAAUCAGCUUUCAAUAUAAUUAUUUCGGCUAACGAUUCUUCUAUUGUUGCUGCUACUACUCGUUGUUGUUGUUGCUGUUGCUGCUAUUAUUGGCGGAUUCAUUGUUGUGGGACUGUUGCUGUUGCUGCUGCAAUCGGGAUUAUUUACAUGUCUACUACUGCUGCUGUUGCCAUGAAACUCGAUCGCAUCAAUAUCAUUUGUACUCUUCACAUAAAAUUCGUUUCCAUUUGGGGGGACGACGCCGCAACGAUUGUGAUGUUGCUGCUCGUAGACGAUGCGUUGGUUAUUCAUCCGCCUCCGCGUUGUAUCCAUGGUAUUAUCCAUCAUAUCAUUAUCAUCAUCGCUGUCCGUAUCAUCGCCAUUCUCGCCCACAUUGAAUAUAAAUCUGGCCUCAUUGCUCGCCUCACACUUCCGCCCAUUGAUCUUGCGAUAACGCACCGAAUUUCUCGAUGUGUGAUUGCUAUUGCGCUGUGUACAAGGAAAAUUAGUUUUAGUUUCAACACAGGCGGCUUGGAAAGUUGACUCUCGCUUACCUGCAGCACGGCAAAGAUGAUGGAGAAGAUGGUGAUGAUGAGCAGACAAAUCGCUACGGCAAUUGCGGUGAUUGCUGUCAACGGGGAAUCGA